CUGCGUAAUAGGGGCGCUUGUCGUCCCAUUUACAAUGCCCGACGAGGUAAUCGUACUCGUCCCAUUCCCACUGGCAGACGUCGCGCUCGAACUGGCCCCGGACGACGUCAAGCUCGCACUGCUGCUCACUGUCCCAUUCCCCGAUGCAGUCGAGGUCCCAUUCGCUGAACCAGUCGCGGACGCAGAAGCCGAUGUGGCACUAGAGGCAGAGGUGCUAGAUGAACACCCGCUGCCUAUAACACCGAAGAGACAGAAGCCAGAGCUCGACGAAGUCGCACUGCUAGAGCCAGAAGACGACAACGCGCUGAUGCUGGACGAGCCGGACGGCGCGGACGUAGCGCUCGCGCUGCUUGUACCCGUCGAUGAGGCAUUUGCGCUCCCCGAACCACUGGCACUCAGGGUAGGGCUUGCACUGGCAGAGCCGCUAGCGGAGACCGACGCGCUCACACUGCCCGACCCCGACAGAGUCGUGCUGGCGCUCGAGAUAGUAUCGGUACCACUCGCGCUCGCGCUCACGCUGGCGCCUGAGGAAGACGCACUGCCUGACGUCGCGCUGGCGCUGCUGGAUCCCGAUGUAGCACUAACGCUGCUACUAGAAUCCGUGGACGAGGGUAAGCACAGAAGACCGAGCAAGCAGUCACUGCUGGUCGCGCUGGCGCUGCUGGAGGCCGAGGCCGAGGACGUUGCGCUGCUGGAAUCCGUAGCAGACGUGGCGCUGGAACUACCAGAACCGGUGGCAGAUGUCGCACUGGCACUGGCAGAAUCCGUGCCCGAGGCUGCACUCGCAGUGGCUGAGUCCGUCGACGAAGGUGAGCUGUUGGAACCCGAGGACGAAGGUGAGCUGCUGGAGCCCGAGGCUGAUGUGGUCGCACUAGCGCUGCCGGAAUCCGUGCCCGAAGACGAUACACUCGCACUGCUCGAGCCGGUCGGAGUCGAGGCAGGGGCACUAGGCGUUGAGCUCUCACAGCCGAUCUCAAUGCCAAGGAUGUCGACACAAGCACCGCUAGACGACGCGCUCGCGGGUGAGGCUGCGCUGGCGCUACUCGAAUCGCUCGGGGUAGGCGUCGCCGCCGACGAUGCGCUGCCCGACGAAGCUGAAGCAGUCGAGGAAACGCUCGCGGUCGUGCUGGCGGAGCUACCCGUGGAAGAGGCUAUAGAGCUCGCACCCGCCGAGCUAGCUGCGGAGGACACAGCAGUAGACGAAGCAGACGACAACGCGAUAGUAGACGACACCGAAGACGACGCUGACGCCGGGGACGAUGACGCCGAAGACGAUGCCGGCGCAGAGGAUGAGGAUGCUGAAGACGAAGACGCGACUGAAGAGGACGAGGAAGAGGCCACGCUCGACGAACUCGCGCUUGAGCUUGUGGGUGAACUCGAAGACGAGAUGGAGGUAGAGGUGGCCGGGACCGCUGCUGUCGUGCCCGGCAGCUGA